AUGCGAGAGAUGCUACUGGCGCCCGAGCGUGCGUGCGUGCGGCGAGGGCGGCGUCCACCACCCACCACCGACUCCACGGCCGCGGAAAAGAUUUUACGUACCGCCGCAGCGAUCUCUGACCCGAUCCGCCGAAUCAAUCAGCUGCUUCCUUGCCGUGCUCUCUGAUCCCCUUUAUAUAUAAGCAGCGCCACACCGCCACCUCAGGUCUGGAUCGAUUGCUUUCGUGUUGAUUACCUUUGGGGGAAAGAGACACGCACAGAUAGAUCGAUCGAUGGAGGUGACGGCGGAAUGCGGACGAGGUGGAGAGGGUUGCUGCCGCGCCGGCGGUGAGGAGGCCAAGGAGAAGUACUGUGCCAAGGCCGACAGGACGGCGCAGGUGGUGCCUCUAGACGAUGCCGCGGCCCAAGAGGUGAUGCCGCCGUACGUCAUGACCGUCGACGACAGCUCCGUCGACCGCGCCCUAGUCACCGCGCUGCUCCGACGAUCCAAGUACCGAGUCACUGCCGUGGACAGCGGCAAGCGGGCGCUGGAGAUGCUAGACUCGGAGCCCAACGUGAGCAUGAUCAUCACGGACUACUGGAUGCCGGAGAUGACCGGGUACGACCUGCUCAAGAAGAUCAAGGAAUCGUCGGAGCUGAAGCAGAUUCCCGUGGUGAUCAUGUCUUCAGAGAACGUGCCCACGAGGAUCACCAGAUGCUUGGAAGAAGGCGCGGAGGAGUUUCUGCUCAAGCCCGUCAGGUCGUCGGACAUCUCCCGCAUAUCCAACCGGAUGCUGCAGUGAAACUCAACGGCGGUGUCCAGUCCGGUCGUCACCUUGUCCCUGGUUGUGCACGGACCCUGGUACGACGUAGGGAUCAAUCGAGGGAAAUCACGAGGAGUGGCCUUGAGGAAGAAGAUUUCAAUAUAACGAGGACCGGACACCUUCGAUUUGUUUGAGUGGUUCUUUGCCCGCAUUUACCUCUAGAACCAGCUGAGAUUAGUCGUAGGCCUCUAGUUUAAUUGUUUUUUAGGGAGUGUCUAUUUAUGGCAAAUUAAUAUUUCCAAGUCUUUGGUGUUGGAUGUCAAAUUUUGAUCUAACAGUCAGUUCACUUUUUUUUUGUAGAAAUCGUGUGGAACUUUAUAUUUA